AUGCUGCAUAUUGCGACAAGGGUUAGUGCCCUGGGCGUGCCCAAGGCAACGGCGGGAAUUGAUAGCGGUACGUUGGACCGCGCCAUGUCCAUUCCCGAGCCUUGUUCCAAGCGUGUAAGUGUUCCGUUCUAUAUCGAGGUAGGCCACGCGGAAGCCUGGCUCGCCUCAAGAAUUAAUUUCAUAUUUUGCCCCCGCUACGCAUGUGCAGCUAAUUCU